GUGGCGUGGCGGAAAACCCGGAGAGAGGAGCACAAAGAGGGGUUUCCUGCGCAAACUCACUGACACCACGGCGGCUCUGUUCUUCCACGUGGACCCUGUCAUUGACCAAAACACGCUCCGGUCUCCGUGGCAGCCCAGUGAGGGGAGGGAGAGAGAGGGGGCGCGUGUGCUGCCGCCGUUGCGCAGUGCAGACCCGGAGGCGCGAGUCGAGCAGGGCGGUGCAGGACAGAGGUGUUCUAUACAGAUAUGAACCUGUAAAACCAAACCUGUCCGGGUCAAAGCUUCUUUUUUUUACUGUCCACACAUCGGCCAUGCAGACAGGCAUGUUCAUGGAGUCUCACCUGUGCAAGUUGGUCCCAUGUGUCCUGUACCUGCUCCUGCUCAUGCACCUGUGCCUGGCUGCACCAGGUCUAACAGGGACAGAAAGAGAGGAAUCAGUAGAUGCCCAUCCUCCUUCCGCAGCACUACCCAAUCCUUUUGGCACUGGGGAGGAAGACCGCAGGUUGCUGCAGAGUUACGUUCAGUCCACUCUGAAGGAUGGCCAAGGAGGACCAGAGAUCAGCACAUGGGAGCAAGAGGUGUUCUUCCUGUUUCGUCUGUAUGACUACGAUCGCAGUGGGCUGUUGGAUGGCUUGGAGAUGAUGAAGCUCCUCUCAGACUACAACUCCCAUCAUACACCUGGAGUACAAGCCAAUGAUUUGGUGGUGUCCAUGGUAGAUUUUUUACUUCAGACUCAGGAUCUAAACCAGGAUGGCCUAUUAGCCCCAUCAGAACUGCUUUCUCCUGCAUUACCUCACACACAGGACUCCAGUAACAACAAUGCACCUCACCAGGAGCAGGAAGUGGCAGUGGAGGAGAAGCUGUCAGACCAGGGGUCUGAUGCGGAGAAGGCGGAAGCAGCAGAGCAGAGAGAGGAGGCUCAUGAGGAGAAUCAGCCUCGAGAGGAAGAGCAACCUCAACAUGAAGUAAAGACAGAAGAAGAAGUAGUCAUAAAACAAGCUGAUGGACAACAACUCCCAGAAGCCCCAGCAGUAGAUCAGGGAGUUCCUGUACAUCAGGGGCAACCAGAGAUAUGAAUGCAACAAACACACAUACACACAGACUAGAGAUUGUUCUGAUGUCUUGGGUCCAGCCUGUUGUUAAGGCUGAUUAUAGAGUUAAAAGUACCACUAUUAUCUGAGAGAGAAUGUCUUAACUGUCAUUCCCACAAAUGGAUCUGAAUUCUGAGAUUUUACAAUCCAUUUCACUGGACUGUUAAACAUGAAGAUGGUUGAUGAGAAGAUGUAUCUGUUCAACAUAUUCCUGUCACUGUAUUUGAAUACUCUUUUUAAAGCCAGUACCUAUAUGGAUACAAAGAUAUGUCGAGCUGUAAAAGGGACAAAAGGCCUGAAUUCAAAAUGCAAUACUCUCCAUAUUAGUAAAAUAGAAGUCAUCAUCAUUAAUGGAGAUUAGUACUUCUGAAUGCUUUUUCCUCUCCCAGUAGGUGAAACAACUGAUCAUAGUAUUUAAAAUGAUUUGACAAUUGUAAGAUGGGCUUAAUAUUUGAAUAUUUGUUUUGCUUUCAUUUUAUUUAUAUGUCUGUCUCUCAUAUCCUGAAACGUUAAACAUAUUUUUAUGUAUUAGUGGUUUUCUAUGUAGAGUGUUGUUUGAUUGGCCUCAUAAUGUCUGACCCACCCUAAGCUUAGGAUUUGCACGUUGUAGAUAUGCACCAGAAGUGCAUCUGGACUGUUAUUUAUUUAAACUGGUUUUAUGUACAGGCAGCUCAGUUGUGCUGUGAAUUAAAUUUGGUCUUCCUUGAGAAUUUCCUCAAAAUUAUUUUUUUCAGAGAAAAAAACCCCACACCUUACUAUGCACUAUUGGCCACGUUUUAAUUUCUUUGGAUGCACUUGUUUGUAGUCCAGUUAGCAUUAUAUUUUGAUGAGGAUGAGGGUGUUAACUAUGAAAUUACAGAACUGUGCAGCACUCCUAAUGAGUACUCACAGUAAUGGGUUACAGCCUUCUACCACUAGUCUUUAUGCCAUAGGCUCAUUAAUUUUCAUCUUUACAAUGAAGGACAGGAAGGCCCUAUUGAAAUACCAUUAGAUGAGAUGUAAUAUUAAAUUCAGUCUCCAAGUAUCUCCAAACUUGAAAUGUGUUUACAGUAUGAAAGGAUUUUCUAUUUGUCGUAAUUUUUUGUUUACCUUUUUAACCAUUUAUGCAUUUAUACAGUCAGUGAAAAUAAAGCAAACAUUGCUUUGUCCCGCUCUCU